AACAAUUGAAGACCAAUGGGCAUACAAAUCAUGUUAUUAAACAGACCAAUUAAAACACACAUAAAACCAACAUGCGAGUGUUGGUUUGAUCAUGAAGAAAAUAGCACAGAAGAAGUGAACAUGAAGCUAUUGGUGCAGAUCAUUGCAGCAGUGGUAGUGUUGAUGGCUGGUGUGGAUUCUUCAGCAGAUAUCAUGAAGGAGUUGUCAAUAAAUUUUGGCGAAGCACUGGAUACGUGCAAGAAAGAACUUGACCUUCCAGACUCCAUAAACAUGGACUUCUACAACUUCUGGAAGGAGGACUAUGAGAUCACGAACCGCCUGACUGGCUGCGCCAUCAAGUGUCUCUCGGAGAAGUUGGAAAUGGUGGAUGCCGAUGGGAAAUUACACCACGGCAAUGCGCAUGAGUUCGCUACGAAACAUGGAGCUGACGAUGCUAUGGCCAAACAACUGGUGGACCUGAUCCACGGCUGCGAGAAAUCCGUCCCUGCCAACGACGACGCCUGCCUCGUAGUGCUGAGCAUCGCCAACUGCUUCAAAAAGGAGAUUCACAAGCUCAAUUGGGCUCCCAACAUGGACCUCGUUGUUGGGGAGGUUCUAGCUGAGGUCUAACAUCUUUACAAAUCGAAUCAUAUUUAUUUAUUUAACAAUUCUGUUUUGUUAUUUCGACGUUUAUUCAUAGAAAUUAAAAGUAGUAUCACAAUUAAAUGUUCUUUUUCCUCCUAAAGUUAUAUAUUUUCUUCAAAUUUUCUUAAUUUCUGUUACUAAUACUAAACUGGCUUGUUAAAUGGAGUAACGUUUCUUAGUAGUGAACUAAUAGAUAUAAUUGUGUUGAAAUAAAUGAAGUAAAUUAUUACAUGAAAUGGUUUAUUGCAGUAGUAGACAAUGCAAGUGUAGAACAGAAAUCUGUAGACUUUAGAAAUAUGAAUAAAAGUGAUGCCAUUAAGAA